UUUUGAAUUUUGAAAGUCUCUCUCUCUCUUUCUCUCUCUCUCUGGAGGAGUCAGGCCUGCCAAGUUGCCAAAGAAAAGGAGGUAAUAAAGAAAUGGAGUAAAGAAAAAGGAGCACAUUGCCAUCUCCAUCUCUAUCUUUGGUUCAGAAAUUGGAGCAAAAGCAGCUGCAGGGUCCUCCACAUUAUUCUCAUCAACCCAAAUGAAACUUCUUCUUCCUCCUUCUCCUCCUCUUUCUUCCUCUCCCAUCUCAUUAUUCUUCACCUGGACCUGCAUUAUCUGUUCAUGCAAGAUCCAAGUAACUCACAAGCAAGGAAUAAGCCUUGGUAUCAAAGAGCAAUUGAGAUGGGCAGUUUAUGGAGAAGCAUCAGCAAUACUUCCAAGUCCACACAAGUUCCAGCGUCAACUUCAUCCACGCUAUGGAAAACCGCUGUUAAUGUUCGGAGUGGGCACUUGGAAUCGAAAACCAAAACCGAAACACGAACAAAACCAUGCCCGCCUAAUGUCCAAAGUGGUGGCAGUAGUACUACUACUGGAACAAACAAUCACACCUUUUCUGCAGCUUCCAGUUCCAGUUCGUCGAGUUCCAGUAACAAUAAUCUUAGACAUGCCAACAAACUGCGAAAAUGUACCUCUCUAAAGGUUGCCACUUCAUUUACAAGGGUGUGCCUUUGUGCAUCAAUAUCUUCCUACAAUGAGGUUUUCAGAGCUGAGCUUCCCCCAAGAAGAAGCAAUAGUUACCCGAGAACGCGAUCGUAUUCCAAGCCACUUGGUACAACUAGUAGCAGUACUACUGCACAAACACCACAACAAGCAAUGAGCGCAAGACGACAUAGUACCGACCAAGGAAUCAGAAGAGUGUUUCGAGGUAAGUCAUUGACCGACGACGUGUUGAUGAGAAGGUUUGUUGUAGAAGAAGAGGCAAUGAUGCAAGUUAGAAGGAGAAAUCAAAUGGAAGUCAUAAGGAGGAGAAGUGUGAUGAGGAGGAAGAGGCUUGGCCCCAGUCCUCUUAGUAGAAUGGUUAUGGCUCAGGUUCUGGAGGAGGAUUAAAACAUUUUAAACUUUCCCCUCAUUUUCUUUUUGUGCCUCUUUCAUAGUCCUUUUCUCUCUUAUUAUUAUUUGUGGUCAAAAGAAGAAGUGCCACUCUCUCUCUCUCUCUCUCUCUCUCUCUCUAACACAUCUUUUUCAAGAAUUAUGAUCUGAAGAACUUCAACUUGUUUGACCACUGGUCUGGAAUUCGUCACCUUGAAAUCUAGAAAUUUUUCGAGAACGGACUUUUUGGAGCCUGCAUCCUUCGUUUUGUAUUUCUUCUCCAAUGACAACCAUGGUUCUUUGGAUGUCUUGCAGGAUGCAUACACAUUGCGAAGAGUAUCAUCUAGUCCUUUAAAAAUGCACAAUGAGUCCAAGCAUCAAUGACAUUUAUAGU